CUUGCCUUGAGGUUUCAUCCCGACAAAAAUCCUGAUAAUCCUGCGGCUGCUGAUAUUUUUAAAGAGGUCAAUAGGGCCUACCAAAUUCUUACCGAUUCCACUAAGAGGACAAUUUAUGACAGAUAUGGAAGUUUGGGCCUUUCCAUUGCGGAGCAAUUCGGCGAGGAAAAUGUUCAUACGUAUUUCAUUCUGAGCAGUAAAAAAUGCAAGGCACUAUUUCUUUUGUGUGGUCUCCUUACCGGGUGUUACUUUUGUUUCUGCUGCUGCUGCUGCUUUAACUUCUGUUGUGGAAAAUUCAAACCACAUGUCCCUGAGGCGCAAGCUGAGGAAUUUACAAAUUUGAACAUGGAGGAUGAUUAUGAUGAAACUGCCAGUACCGAGCCUAUGCAUCAGACAGCUCCAUCUUAUGCCCAGUAUUCUUCAUCCCAUACAACCACUAUUCAGCCCGGUCCCAUAGGCAGCAAUGUGGGAUAUAUGCCGCCUCCAACGGGUGUGGUCAUCCCUCAGCAACCUCCUCAUAAUACUCAGACUUCCUUUGGUGGCGUGACUUACUGA